AUGUCACCAACAGCUCAUUCGACUUCCGAUAAAAAGACUACUGGUCUUGCCAGAGUCCUUGGUUCAGCCACUGCCGGUAUUGCGGAGAUUGGUGUUUUCCAUCCAGUCGACACCAUCUCCAAGAGAUUGAUGUCCAACCACACUAAGGUUACUUCUUUAACUCAAUUGAAUCAAGUUAUUUUCAGAGACGCUGCUUUAGAGCCUUUGGGAAAGAGAUUAUUCACCUUGUUUCCAGGUUUGGGUUACGCUGCUUGUUACAAGAUCUUGCAAAGAGUCUACAAAUAUGGUGGUCAACCAUUUGCCAACGAAUUUUUGACCAAAAACUUCAAGAACGACUUUGACAAUGUCUUUGGACCUAAGAACGGUAAGGCUUUGAUGAGUGCCACUGCUGGUUCUCUUAUCGGUAUUGGUGAAGUUGUUCUUUUGCCAUUGGAUGUGCUUAAAAUCAAACGUCAAACAAACCCUGAGUCAUUCAGAGGUAGAGGCUUCCUCAAGAUCUUGAGCGAUGAAGGUUUUGGCUUAUAUAGAGGAUGGGGAUGGACCAUGGCUAGAAACGCACCUGGUUCAUUUGCAUUGUUUGGUGGUAACUCGUUCGCCAAAGAGUACAUCUUUGGAUUGAAAGAUUAUACUCAAGCUACAUGGACUCAAAAUUUCAUUACCUCCAUUUUUGGUGCUAGUGCUUCAUUGAUUGUUAGUGCGCCAUUGGAUGUCAUCAAGACCAGAAUUCAAAACAGAAACUUUGAAAACCCAGAAUCAGGAUUUACUAUUUUAAAGAAUAUGUUCAAGAAUGAAGGUAUCACUUCAUUUUUUAAGGGUUUAACUCCAAAGUUGUUGACCACAGGACCUAAGUUGGUGUUUUCAUUUGCCAUGGCUCAAUCAUUGAUUCCAGCUUUUGACAAACUUUUGAGUAAAUAA